GGCUUUCCUGGGAUAAGCCCACGUUGUAUCCGCUAACGUCAUUCCUUGAUUCCAUGCGGAUUUCUGCUCCAAAGUCAUGGUCGUUUCCAAGAGGGAUGUAAAGAGCUCGAAGUCACUCUAAGGAAAAUAAAGAAAAAACCGGAAGUGAUAUAGAGUGGUAAAGUGAGACCAAUAAAACAGCCAAUCAGAGUCCACAGUGGUGAGCCAGUUCAGGAACUAUUCAUUUGAAGACCAAGAUUUGGUUGUGUCUUGAUGACAGCCUAAAGCGAUUUGCACAUGACACAGAACCUUCAGUGCUCUUCCGGUUUAAGACGGUGUGACAUCAACACGUGAAUAUAUUUACAAGUCGAAAAGGAAAAACAUUACCUUCACUUUCCUGUGAAAGAGUCACUCAUAAACAUGGGAUAAGGCACGAAGGACAUUACAUCGUCAUUGAGGGAAGAUAGAAGGACCUCAGGUCAUAAUCUACCAGAAAAAAUGAUUAUUAAUUUGGUUAUAUUCGCUCUACUUCAAGCAGUGUCGUCUGUCGAGGCCAAUAGGAUGGACGGGCCAGCGGCCAUGGGAUCCAACAGCAGUAUAAAACCAACUUUAUCGAAUAUUUCUCCACGAAGCAAGCGAGUUCGCAAAAACUUGCAAGAGAAUAACUUCAAGAGCUUGAUAGAAGCAUUACAGCGUGUGCAGAGGAUCCAGAAACAAAUGGAUGAAUAUUCCGAGUGCAAAGCGAAUGAUUCAAUCGUGCUUGGAAUUAAGUUCGAUAUCAGUGGAUGGGAACACGAAGCUUCUCUAGUACUCGAGGUAGCAAACUUGUUGACAUCCUUGUGGAGAAAUACUAAAUCAAUCGUGCAAAGCGAYACUUUCUUGUACACGGUUGUGCGUUCAAAUGUACUGUUUUCAAAAUCAGUCUACGGGUCUGUUAUUUGUUUUGAGAGAAAUCAUUACAAGGACUACGAAAGAUUUUGCCCCUACGCUUACAGAGAUAAAAAGCUAAAUGGUCACAUACAUAUAAUGGAUAUUUCUGUAGGACACGACUACCUGACGGACAACGAUACGAUAUGGUGGAGAGAGCCCAGAGUAAAAGCUAAAAAUAUGCAGGUUAAAAAGCUCUUUAUGACCGAGUAUCAGACGACACGGUUCAACGCUACUGCAGCUAAUAGUAUGGUGAACCUCACGUUGCCCGUGCUUCAACACAUGGAACAGGGUUUCUGGACGCGGCCGUAUUUUGACUGUUUUGGYGGGAAGAGCUGGAUGGUGACCUAUCUGGCUCCGUUUUUCAACGAAACAAAUAAUUUUCUGGGUGUUGUUAGUAUUGAUGUAGCUUUGAAUGACGUAGACAUCGAUCAAUGUGAUCGAGACGACACAGACACGGCCAAAGGGUUUGCGAACAACACCGUUCAUUUUAAUGAACACGUCAAACUCAAGGAUUUUCUUGGCACGCAUCGUUGUAAGGCUUCUACCAAGUGUGUUAAAAUCCCAAACCAAGGAUUCAAGCGCGGGAGCUACUGGUGCGCCUGUCGCAAGGGCUACUAUUUCCCGCCUUCAUCAGGCCCCGAGAAAAGGUUCAACGGCUCUAUUAUCGAGACUGAAUUCGACAAGAAACUCAAAGGUUUACAGAACGACUAUGAUGAUAAUUUCGAGUGCAUAAAGUGUAGUGAAGGGUGUACCGAAUGUACUGAUGACAAACCUUGUCGGUAUUCGAUCCUUCAUGGACCAAGGUUCUUGCUUGUGAUCAUUGAUGGGGUUGCUGUGCUGAUGGCGCUUGGCUUUGUUGUCCUUGUGAUACUGAAUCGUGACGUCAAGGUGUUCCAGUCGUCGAGUCCUCUGUUCCUGAUCAUCAUUCUUAUUGGUGCUAUUUUUAUGUACAUUGCAUUCGCCUUUCUGUUCCCUGGUCAUCCUACAGCCAUGAACUGUAUUUUAUUCCAGUGGUUUCACUAUCUUGGAUUCGCACUGGUCUACGGAUCCCUGGCCUUGAAGACCUGGAGAGUCUCCACAACGUUUCGCGUUCGUUCAGCACACAAAGUAGAAGUGACAGACAUGAUAUUGCUCAGACACCUCGCCGUCAUCCUGGUUAUUUACAUCAUACUGCUGUUAGUAUGGACGGUGACUAACUCAUCGCACAUCAAAUUUGCCAACACAGUGUCUGAUCUGAUUUACGUGCGAUGUUCAACUAGUUGGUUCGACUACACUGUACUCUUAGGUAAUAUAUUGCUGUUGAUAUUCGCACUGUGGUUGUGUUAUCGUGUUCGUAAAGCCCCGUCAGCUUACAGUGAGAAUCGUUUCAUCAGUUGGGCCAUCUACAACGCCAUGUUCGUCAUUUGUUUCUUCGCAAUACUCAGAGGCCUGACAGAGGAAAGUACUAAUCCAGACAUCAUCUACGCGGUAGAGUUUGUAUUCGUUCAUAUGAUAUCAACCGUCAUGCUACUCUUGAUAUUCAUACCAAAGGCUGAAGUUAAACGACUGUCGUCCAAAGUAGCUUAUUUACAAGGACGAAUGAUGAGGGACCGAAAUAAACACAUCAAAGCAUCCGGGACCACAACAUGGAAGCGAGACAGAUCCAACACAAAAGAUGACGAUGGGGAACCUGUCGAUCUGUGUAAAGUGUCUCCAUCGCCCGUCUCAAGAUUUCUAAGCUCCCACGUUUAGAUGAGCCAGGUACCAGGUCUAUAGCGGCCAAUUGAUGGUCGGAGACUAAGGGGAAGGGAAAUGGGAACGAGAUUUUAAAAUUUCUAUAGAAAAAAUUAUCUUGAUUCAAAGUCUUUAAGGACCUAAAACAUUAUAGCGAAGAUUAUAUCAAUUUUUAUACUUCAAAAAUGAAAAUCGUAAACUUAAGUUCAGAAAUCGAAGAUUUCCAAUUAAAAUUGGCCAAAAUGUUCUUCUUAUGAUUACUAGUUUUAAAUCGAAAAUCUUUAAGAAAUAUUAUAUAUAUUCUAGUUUCGAGUUCGCUGUUGCUCAUGGUUAGACAUAAUUUUGUGUAGAACAUUCAUGUGUUCCAGUGAAGGUCCGUGGAAUUUCAAAGUGUUUGUAUUGUUGAAGUUGUGCAUUCUUUACUUUACCGUUGGUAUUUGUGAAUAUUGAGACACUGAUUCGAGCCUAACCCUGUGUAAAUGAGUCUGUAAUCAAGGAACACAGCGGUAAUGUACGAACACGAAAAUGAUCUUGCUAAAUCUUUUGACAAAGCGACGAAUAUUUUGUACAACGAUUAAGGUAAGUUGUAUUAGAGUGCAUACCGUAUAKCCGUGAAAACUGACUUCGUAAGACAUUGGUCAAAUUUCGCUGCACAAAUUAGUAAGCUCAUUAGACCUCAGUAGACCGUAGAACUACAAAACUUUGCACUAAUUUGUACGAUUUUUUUUCACAGAUAUAGACCAUAUGAAAAGGGCGUGUCCCUUGAGAUACCUUAGUUCACCAGWCAUAGAGGACAACAAUGCUUUCACUAGAAAGAGUAUAUCAAAAUUAGUGAUUUCCCAAAUUUCAGUGUAGUAACAUUAAAUAUAAAAGGCUACAGCUGUUUGAAUUAGAAAGGUUUGUUUGGAAACAACCCAUGGCCUACCAGCCUUGCUAUCAUGUUUUGGUACAUUUCAAGUGCUUAAAACUCUUCAGGGAUUACUAAUUACUAAUUCAGACAUAUAUUUUUGAAAUCAUAAUUGUUCGUGUUACUCGUUCCCUGUCUUACACUCGUUUUUCAUAUGGUCUAUAUGGUAUGUCCUCUAAUAUUAUGUACUAAAUCCUAUUUUUAGAAUCAUAAAAUAAUUUAAUGAUUUCGACUAGUCUAUUUCAUAUUAUACAGGAAUAUUGUUUUUAAAGGGGUAGGGUAGGGUGUURAGCAAUACCACUUCGAAACUAGUUCAUAUUUUUAAAUGAAGCGCUUUACAUUUGUGAAAUUAGUUUAAUGCCGAAGCAAUUUGUAGUUGCUAUUGUUAAUGUUAAUUUCGUUCGUAUUUAUAAUCGUAAACCUUGAGUAACUGUGAAGCUCUAUAAAACAAUCCAUUCGAUCCAGAGCGCGCUAUUAUAUAGAACGACAUAUACUUACAUUAAAAUAUCAUAUGGUGUUCAUGAGGUGACACGGGUGAAAAAUGUCUGCGCAUGCUUAAAACUUAAGGCUAAUUCUUUCAUAUUGUGUUUGUUGAUACAGUAUCUUGAUCUGACAAAAGUAUACUCUCGAACUUUUUUGUAUACUUGGAGAAAACAAACAUUUAUUUUCUCACUCAAACUCUUUGAAUUCUUAGAAAACGUGCUGAAAGACACGCAUGCGCAAACGUUUUUCUCUAGUGUCUGCUGAAGUGUGUCUCGUGACCUGACUCGCAACAUCGAUUGCCUACAACAUUGCGCUCUACAUUCGUAGCUUUAAGAGUAAUAUAUGCAAAUACUUUGUAAGAUUACUAAAUAUCAAGAUUGUAUGUUUUGUUGGUAGAUAUAGAUAGCUUGGUGCCAAGCUAACAAGUCUUAUAAAGGCCACUUUUGUUAACUAAAAACUAACUUGCACCGAGUAAAUGUUUUUGUCUUGGCCGUAAUUUUUUUUCCUAUUUCAGAUUACGUGUCAUUCUGUUGAGUAACAUUUGUUUGUUUAACGCUUAAAUAUGGAUACAAGUUAAAAAGAACAAUCUUAUCCUCAAGAGAAUAAGACGUCUGAAAUGGUAAAACAUUAAGGCCAAGCCAGCGAGGAGAGAUAAGAAUAAGUAACAAUGUUUCAUUCUCACAGACUAUUAGUUUCGUUGCCUUCUGAUUGGUUCAAUUUAGAAUGCUUUGUAUUCAUUCUACAUCAUGAUUGGACAGUUAACGUCAAUCCGGGAUGUAACGCUUACUUCUGAUUGGUUAACGUUAGAAUGCGUUGUUUUCAUUCUACAUCAUGAUUGGCCAGUUUACGUCGAUCCCGGAUGUAACGCAUACUUCGGGUUAGUUGACGUUAGAAUGCUUUGUUUUCAUUCUA